CUACAACUGAAUCUUCGGGGAAGAAAAGGGGAGACGGGGAGACUUUGGAGGCGGGCAACGCAUAUACACACAUAUAUUGCGUUGUCUCCUUUCGUCUGCUCUAUAAAGUGAGUGGUUCUGGUGACAUCCAAGAGCGUGUGUGCCUGUCUGUCCCCUCAUACAUAACCUGCCUGGUGUGGAAGAACAGAAAUGCCAGUCCACAUCUCUACAGCGUAUGCGUACAUACACAUACCUAUAAGGUAUACCUAUAGGUAAUGUCUACUACGAGCAUACCCCUCACUUGCAAAGUACGCUGCAUACGUAUGCUUUGGCUGUUUCUUAAAUCUAGUUCUCAGUUUGCAAGAAUGACCCGAAAACCCUUCCAGCUGUGGCUUCCUCCAUUCGUGCUGUUUACUGCCGUCAUACGUUGGCAGUUUCGCCUAUAUAUACUUUUUUUUUGUCGCGUCAGCCUCGUGUAUCUGAUAGACUACGUCUUCUUAUCAUUCACUCCUUGCAACAAUCCAUCCAGUUGCUCCCACAUUUCUCUUUCUUUCCCCCAAGCUAUUCGCUUGGGUUCCAUGUCUAAAUAGCUAGACCUUGCCCAUGGAAUCUAUUGGAGAGAGCAUGGAGGAAGAUUCUAAGAGAAAGUCUUUUGGAGAUCAAUCCUCCAUAUCAGAGCCUACUGCAGUCCCUGUGAUGCCAGCUGCCAAUCGGGACUCCCACAGCUUCAAACGAUGGAUAAGGAGCAUGCGGAAGAAAAGAACGCCAAACUAUGACGGCCCACCACGCUAUGUUGUGGGGUGGCCUGACGAUGAGAGUGAAGACGAGAGUUACAGGAUGUUCCCCUCACUCUACCAAAGCCAGCCAGACCAGUCGUCUACUGCGUCCUCGUCCAAUUUGAUGACUGUCAAAACGGCCAGCCUUGGAAGCUUAAGCUUGCUGACCCGCCCGCGAACAAAUACGCAGACAAGUACCCAGCGAAGUGCGUGCCACAGCAGCGCCUUUUCUGGGUCAGAUGCAAGGGUAUCUAUGGAGAGCAACAAACUGACAUCAACGCUGUCUCUGGAUGAAGGUGCAUGGAACCGUGCUGUCCAAAGACGACAGGUAAUAAGGGAGAUAUUGGAGACAGAGAUCACAUAUCUUGCGGCGCUAAAGGCGCUUGCAGAGGUUCUGACCACGCUAGGAAUAACUGAGACUGCACUGCAGCGGAGCACACUCGAUCUUAUCGGUUUACACGAAGAUCUCCUAAUCAAGUUGGAGGACGCGAUGCCUCGGUCAGAUAGGGUCGUCACCCCAAUAUGGACGACUGCGCGCCGGCAUAUUAAGUUUGGCAACGUGGACGCUAGCCUGACGAAAGCAAGCCGGAAGUCAGUGACCACAAGAAAGCUGCGUGAACCUGUCGAUUCCCGGAUUAAGUCGUCCAAAUCGGUGGCAGCAGAACCAAACGAGGCUGCUAUGGUGGCUAGGAUAAUGCAAUCAAUGCUUCCACAGUUUAAAGUUUAUGAAGACUAUGGCGUCAAAUACCAACUUGUAUUCAAGGAGAUAGACCUGUUACGCAAGUCAAUAACGAGUUGGCAGGCUUUCGAUCACGGGAUUGAAGCUCUCUUGAAAAAUGUGGUUUCCACUAAUACUCGUGAAGCCAUAUCUAACCAAUGUUUUACUCUUGGUGACCUCCUGAUGAAGCCAAUCCAACGGGUUUGCAAGUAUCAACUAUUCCUUGCUGAACUGCUCAAGAGCACACCUGUUGCCGAUUGUCCUUCCUCCCACGCUAUAAUCGAGGGGGCCUUACAGCGGACACUUUCAGCAUCACAGGACAUAAAUCGUGCUACGGGAGAUCCAGUCGCCAAAGAUAGAAUUCGGAAAUCUAUGUUGCUAGGAGAGAGACUCGAUUUUGCGAAAAAGGGUGACCGCAGUGUGCUCCACGACUUUGGGCCUAUCAAGUUGUGUGGAGCUCUGCAUGUUACGUAUCAAACCAAAGACAGCGUCACUGGUGAAUAUAUGCUUUGUUGUCUAUUUGGUAAAUACUUCCUACUCGCAACCCCAUGCGAAGACAAUCGGAAAUUCAAUGCUGUUGCAGUAAUUCAUAUUCCAGGCGCCAGCGUAGAACCUGCGGACAACGGUAUAGGCCUCCACUGUGUUUAUGCACCUUUUUCUUGGAAAUUGGUCUUCGAGGCGCGGAAGCAAACUUUUGAAAUAGUAUUGACUGGAUGUUCUGAGAGAGAGGCUUCCCGCUGGAAGGACCACCUUAUGAGACAGUCACUAGCUGAGACGCAUAACUCGUUGGAUGAAAAUAUCAUUAUGCAGAAAUACUCCACGACCCGGCUGGCUAUGAAACCACUUUCCGCAGCCGUUUUUGAUAGGCAAGUACACAAACUUAGCCGUCGUUCAUCCAUCCACGGUUCCUUGUUCAGCGCGCCUUCGCACCCAGAUUGCGUUCGCCUUCUCAUUAAAGGAACCCAAGCGGUACCCCAUGACAACCAUACCAGAUCAUCCACUCUUGGGAGAUCACAAUCCCUCCAAUUAGCACGCCAGUCUGUUGUUCUCGCCCCUAAGCGGCAGGACAGAAUUCGAAUGGAAAAAUCGCUUUAUGAUGUUUGGACGUGUGACGUUCUUCCAUAUCCAGGAAUGCCGGCCUGGAGAGGAGAGCACUUGAUACGCUCAUCCGCAGAAUCUUUUAUUAGAAGACUGAGUUCACGACGGCCGUUCACAAGGCGAUCCAGCAGUCUCGCGACCACGAUCACAACGAAGUCCGUUGAGCGUACUAUUACAUGCAAAGAGGACAUCUCCUUCUGGGACUACAUCGGGCAUACGGAAACCGUUUCAUCCUCGAUGAAUUCCGCUAGAGCUCAUGAGAUCGUUCAUGAGGAAAAAGAUGAUUUCGACUGCCGUUCGUUUGGGGUUGUCGACGCUCAGCAACAGAAAGCAUCCUCGAAGGGACGGGCAGAGAAAAAAAAGGCAAAUAGUCCGUUCGGGAGCGAACGUAACAAGCCAUCGCUCAGGAAGAGAUGGAGCGUUUCCAUUUUCAAGACGAGCACCCCAGUUGUACCUACCAUGACCUGUUGAUUCUGUGCUUUUCCGCUGGGAUUUCCUGGAUGCCCGAAUGUUAGGUACGUAAUAGUAAUAUACUUGUACGGCACAUAAGUUUUAUAGUCCGUAUCAUGGCUCAAGAGUUAAGGGAGGCGUAUUGGGCGGAUGGAAGGAGAUAGAACAGCCCAUAGACAGGGGGAAAGGGGUAGUGUUCAUGAUGAAUUGGUUGGUGGGUGAUGGUGGGAUUAUAAUAAAUUCUUUAUAUAAAUUCAUGGCUUUCGCAUUUUAAGGGGCACCCAUUGCCAAACGAACUAACUAGCUAAUUGCCUGCCUGGCUAAAAGAAUGAAAUGACAAGAACCAUCUGGAACAAUUGGGUUAUGACGUAUCCAGGAUAACCAAGUUUUUCCGCGUUAAUUAGUUUGUGGAUUGUUUCCCCCCAAGUGCCACCGCCCAGCUCUCUUUCUCAUUUACUGGGCGGGGCGGAACCGGCGCUAGAAGCGUUGGCCGAUGACGUCGUUGAA